AUGGACAGAGCCAGCCAGGCGCUGGCAUUAGGUGUUCUUCCCGGCGUGUCAAAAUCGUUCUGGGCUUUAGCAGAUUGUCACGGUUCAAUUAAAGAGAAGGCGCAGAGCCAACAACAUCUCUAUCUAUGGGAAGAGAAAGCCCUUGCUAAGUUUAUAGCACAUUAA